UUUCGCAUUUACAUUAGUAAGAUUAUAUUUCGAUCCGAUUCACCAUCGGCUCGCUUGCCUUUAAUCGAUACAAAGUCGUAUGUGGCUUCCAAGUUGGAUUUCAGAAUUUAUUCAAAUGUUUCUUGCUUCCUCAUUUUGUGUUUAAAUUAAAAAAAAAAACGCUUAAAAUACAGUUAUUAAGUUGAAAUACUAAAAACUUGUAGGCUAAAUCCAGUCAAAAUGGCCAGUGUAUCCUAUCAAAUAGCACAUCUUCUCGAGAAGAUGACAUCUAAUGACAAAGACUUUAGAUUUAUGGCCACAAAUGAUUUGAUGACCGAACUACAAAAAGAUAGUAUAAAACUUGAUGAUGACUCGGAAAGAAAAGUUGUUAAAAUGCUUUUACGUUUACUAGAGGACAAGAACGGCGAAGUCCAAAAUUUAGCUGUGAAAUGUCUUGGUCCUCUUGUAAAUAAGGUGAAGGAGUUUCAGGUUGAAGGCAUUGUUGAGACCCUUUGUGCAAACAUGCUCUCUGAUACUGAACAAUUAAGAGAUAUAAGUAGUAUUGGCCUAAAAACUGUGAUAUCUGAACUUCCACUUGGUUCAAAUACAUUGGCUGCCAAUGUGUGUAAGAAAAUAACUGGAAAGCUGAGUAGUGCUAUUGAAAAGCAAGAAGAUGUGUCAGUUCAGUUGGAGGCACUCGACAUCCUGGCAGAUUUACUAAGUAGGUUUGGAGGCCUGCUUAUAUCAUUUCAUCCAUUGUUAUUGAAUUCCUUGCUGCCUCAACUUUCUUCUCCUCGUCAGGCUGUUCGUAAACGCACAAUAGUGGCGCUAUCACAUCUGGUGAUGUCUUGCAAUGCAUCACUGUACAGUAAACUCAUUGACCACCUGCUGGAGGGGCUGAGUUCAUCCACAUCUGCCAGUGUCAGUCGUACACAUAUCCAGUGUAUUGCGUCUGUAUGUCGACAAGCCGGUCAUAGAUUUGGUGAGCAACUGUGGCGCGUUGCCCCGCCAGUUCUAGAACAUUCUACCGACGCCGAUGAGGAGUUGCGUGAGCACUGUCUGCAGGCACUUGAAGCUUUUGUGCUUAAAUGCCCUAAGGAAGUGCAACCUCACAUUCCAACAAUAAUAGAGUUAUGUUUGAAGAUGAUAACUUAUGAUCCUAACUACAACUAUGAAGACGAGGAAGAAGGUGGUGGAGGUGAAGAUGAAGAGAUGGAAGAUGAAUCAGUGGAGCCCGAUGCGGAUGCAGAAUCUGAUUCCGAAGAGUACUCUGACGAUGAUGAUAUGUCUUGGAAAGUUCGCCGCGCCGCAGCCAAAUGCCUUGAAUCAGUGAUAGCGACUCGACACGAGCUGUUAGCGGAAAUGUAUCAGACGGUGUCUCCUGCAUUGAUUGCAAGAUUUAAAGAACGCGAAGAAAAUGUGAAAUGUGAUAUUUUGAGCGCUUACACAGCGCUAUUAAGAGCGACGCGGCCGCCGCCCGCGCUGCAGAUGCCCAUCGUGCCUUCUGAUGACUCUCCACAGGCUUUACUUCUACAGAGGGUGGGCGGCGUGGUGCGCGGCGCGCUGCGUGUGAUCCGCGGACGCAGCGCGCGCGCGCGGGGCUGCGCGCUGGCGCUGCUACGCGAGCUGCUGGCGGCCGCGCCCGGCUGCCUCGCCGACCACGUCGCGCGAGUCGUGCGCGCGCUUACCCCCGCACUCACUGACAAGGGCACGGCUUCGUCGAUGAAGAUAGAGACGCUGGUGUUCGUGGUGUGCCUGGUGCGCGGACACGCGCCCGACACCAUGCGGCCGCACGUCGCCGCGCUGCUGCCCGCUGUGCUGGCCAGCGUGCAGGACCCCUUCUACAAGGUCACCGCGGAGGCGCUGCGGGUACUGCAGACGCUGGUCAAAGUCAUGCGACCACUCGAAAAGAUGGAGCUGGUCGGCGAGGAGGGGUCGGAGGCGUCGGAGUGCGGGGAGCUGCGCCAGUUCGUGCCGGCGAUGUUCGAGUGCACCCUGGUGCGCCUGCGCGCCGCGGACAUGGACCAGGAGGUGAAGGAGCGCGCCAUCGCCGCCUGCGGACAGCUGCUCUGCCACUUCGGGGAUUAUCUGCAGAAUGAACUUCCCGUAUGUCUACCGAUACUGCUGGAGCGCUUGCGCAACGAGAUUACUCGACUCACAACUGUCAAAGCACUCACAAAAGUCGCCGCAUCCCCGCUACGUAUCGACUUGAGACCUAUAUUGUCCGAUGCAGUACCAAUCUUGGGAUCGUUUCUAAGAAAAAAUCAGAGAGCUUUGAAAUUAUCGACGUUAGUGUUGCUAGACACACUUGUGCAGAAUUACAGUAAUGAUAUCAGUAUUGAAUUACUGAGUAAGCUGCGCUGCCCGGCCGCGCUCACCGCGGACGCGCGACAGGCACUCACACCCAACAUACUCGCACUCGCCAAGUCACCGCUACUGCAAGGCGGUGCUCUGAAGGCGAUGCUGGGCGUGCUGAGCGCGCUGGUGGCGGCGGACGUGGCGGGCUGCUCGCGUCGCGACCUGCUGGCCAUGCUGGUCGCGCCCGUGCACACCAUGCACGACCACAACGCCUCGGCACACCACAUCAAACAGGCAUUCCACUCGCUGGCGAAGUGCGUGGGCGCGGUGGUGGUGGAGGGCGGGUCUGACGCGCUGGAGGUGGUGCGCGGCUUCCUGCGCGACGUGCAGCAGCCGCCCUCCGACAACCACCACAUGUUCGCGCUCCUCGCACUCGCCGAGAUCGGCCGCAGGCUGGACCUAAGUUCGAUACCGAACUUAAAGGAGGUGGUGUUGAACUCGUUCACGCCGUCGUCGGAGGAGGUGAAGUCGGCGGCGAGCUACGCGCUGGGCUCGGUGGCGGUGGGCAACUUGCCGGAGUUCCUGCCCUUCAUCCUCGGCGAGAUAGAGGCGCAGCCAAAGCGGCAGUACCUCCUACUGCACUCACUCAGAGAGAUAAUUUCGUGUGAGUCGUGCAGUCCGGAAGGUAUAGAGGCUUUGAGACCUUUCAUACCGGAGAUUUGGGUACAACUUUCUAAACACUGCCAAUGCGCGGAGGAAGGAUCUCGUAACGUCGUGGCGGAAUGCCUCGGCAAGCUGUGCCUGCUGGAGCCGAAGGACCUGCUGCCGCACCUGAAGGAGUUCCUCAAGUCCCCCGAGCCGCUCACGAGGACCACAGCAGUUACCGCUGUCAAAUUUACUAUAUCAGAUCAGCCGCAAGCGAUCGACCCCCUGCUGCGCGGCUGCAUGUCGGAGCUGCUGGUGCCGCUGGGCGACGAGGCGCUGUGCGUGCGCCGCGUCGCGCUCGUCGCCUUCAACUGCGCCGCGCACAACAAGCCCUCGCUGGUGCGCGACCUGCUGCCGCGCCUGCUGCCCGCCAUUUACCAGGAGACCAAAGUCAAGAAAGAGUUGAUCCGGGAGGUGGAGAUGGGCCCCUUCAAGCACUCGGUGGACGACGGGCUGGACCUGCGCAAGGCGGCCUUCGAGUGCAUGUACACGUUGCUGGGCACCUGCCUGGACCGGCUCGACGUGUUCGAAUUCCUGCGCCACGUGGAGGACGGCCUGCGCGACCACUACGACAUCAAGAUGCUCACCUACCUCAUGUGUGCGAGGCUGGCGCAUCUCUGCCCCGCCGUCGUGCUGCAGAGACUAGAGAGCCUGGUGGAGCCGCUGCGUGCGACGUGCACCAUGAAGGUGAAGGCAAACUCCGUGAAGCAGGAGUACGAGAAGCAGGACGAGCUGAAGCGCUCCGCCCUGCGCGCCGCCGCCGCGCUGCUGCAGAUACCGGAGGCUGAGAAAAAUCCACAUUUAAUGGACUUCGUGACGCAGAUCAAGUCUAUGCCGGAGCUGCAGCCGAUAUUCGAGUCUAUACUGAAGGACGCGUCGGGCGCCGCCGACACCAACCUCAUGGACCAGAGCUAGCCUACUCGCCCCCAUCAGCCCCCCAGCCCCCCAGCCCCCACAUCUCACCCCCAAACUAUUUUAUAUAAUAUCGUGUUUAUUGUUUCUUUUUUGUUCGGUGCGUGAAAUGUUAUUUGAAUUAAUCUUAUUGUAAAAAUGUUUAGAAAUAGAUCUCUCUAUAAAACUCAUCUGUAUUUUAGCUGUCGAUGGAAGAAAUUGAUGAUUCACGACAUACAAAAUAAUGUCUACGUAAAAACGUCGAAGCUUGUAAAAACAAGCCUUACUCAUAUUGAUAAGUCGUUUAUGAAUAGCAAAAUUUGUUUUUAAUAGAGGAUUCUAUUAUAAAAAUGAUUUGAUAAAUAAAGCCGUAAGGAUCUAAAUUAAA